GAAGCUUUAAUUCCCUCUCUUCGCAAAAGUAUCCUGUUGCCCGCUCCCAAUCAUGUACUUUGGCCGAUCGCAGAUUCACACGCCGAUUCCAGCCGCCCCUGAGUCGCUGGGCAGGCUCGUCGACAGCAUCUUUGGUUCGCGCAGCACAUCCGCCGCCGAACUGCGGCGCGCGAGCUGCAGCCGGCCAUUGCCGCCAUGGAGGAGGUGUACACGGCGCUGGCCAACUCGAGCACAGCGUGGGUUGAUGACCUGGCGCGCCCAAGAGUCCGAGUACAAGCAGUCGCGCCACGAGCACUACGCCCAGCUGCAGCAGCAGAUGGACCGCCAGUAUGCGGAGCUGAGCCAGGAGACCGCUCAGCGGCGGGCUGCCGAUGCAUCGCUCGGGUUCCAGCGCGAUCUCGGAGCGCUUCCAGAAGUCGCGCCCGCCAACGCCAAGGCUCGGCAGACAGGGUCAGCAUCUUCAUUUCACAGCCCUCCCUUGGCACAAACACAACCACUCUCAGAGCAAGGGAGGGCCAAUUCUUGGUAUCCUACGGUUACGCAUGUUUACUAAGCACCGAGGACUUCCACUUGUAGCAGGCAGCCGCCCAGACCUCGGCAGCGUUGCCGCUAGCGACAGACUGGGAUGCAGACUCGCAGGGAUUCUUCAGCGACGAUGAGAUCGACAGCAGCGCCUCGGCAGCUGCCACACCAAGACCGAAAAUGCUGGGAAAAUGCUGUCGCAGAGCGCAAGGCGCCAGCACCAGCAGUAGCAGCAGCGCCAGCAGCAGCACCAGCAGCAGGCAAGCCGGAAACCGACGCUCCCGCAUUUGUCAUAAUCGGGGACGAGGACUUC